AUGAAUAAUAAUUUCCAGGAAUUGUACGAUAAAUGCAUAGGAAAUGUGGUUAAGGUUCACGCAAACGGAGCGUCGGGUACAGGCGUUAUAAUCAACACUUCGGGUCUAAUCAUAACCAACGCUCAUGUGGUCAGAGAUGUGACACACGUUGAAAUCGAUCUGUACUAUACAUACAAAGCGUAUGAGUUGUUUUGGUGGGACCCCAACAGCGACGAUGAUAUUCAGCAACUGGACGGACAAGUGCUGUACGUUUGGCCAGACAUUGACUUAGCGUUGAUCCGAGUGUACGUAAUUCCGGGUGCGUUGAGAGCGAUAGACAUGUCUGCGUCGGACUGUGCGGUCGGCGAUGCGGUGAUGUGUGUCGGAAAUCCCGGUGCAAACGAUUGGAAUCCAUCGCUGGGAAUGAUUACCGGUUACUACGAAUGGAUGAAUAACUGUUACGAUGUGUUCAGUCACGCGACGGCCUUUCAUUCACCCGAUCACCGAAAUGUUGUCUAUUCCGCCACAAAUGUCGGCGGCUUUUCCGGCGCACCUGUUAUUAACACAGACGGAGAUCUCGUAGGCAUUCAUUCGUUGCAUAUCUUGGCUCAAAACGCAGGCAUUCCCUCAUCGAGACUGAGCCAAUUUGAAACUAAUGGCAAUAUGUUUGCCGAACACAUGAGAGCUAAGAAAUACUCGACAAAUGCCAAGAAGUCGUUGGGAAUUAUGGUUGAAAAACAAUUAUCAGAUGAGUUUUGGAUUGUUUAUAUCGCAAAUAAAAACCCAUUGAACCAGGAUUCAAAACAACCGUUUAUCUAUAGAACCGCUUAUUUAUCAAAUUCUUUAAUCACUUCAUCAAAACGGGAACCGUUUACUGACCACUGGUUCACACCGUUUGUGACAAUUAAACCAUCGUUUCAUAAAACAGACAUUACUUCGCGAUAUCCGGGAUCGAGCUCUUACUGGUGCCCGGGAUUUAUCAUUAAUUGCCGCGGAUUUGUUAUAACGGCGUUCAAAGAAAUCAGAAAUUUUCCGGAAGUGUUAAUCCAAUUGGGAGACGGAAUGACUGAAAAGGGAUGCGUUUUGGACACAAAUACCGAAAUUAUAAUAAUUAAGAUAAUGGGUGACAAUAAUGACUGGCCAUGUGUUACAAUCGGUGACCCAAAUAAACUAGAUGUAAACGACAAGGUGUUUGCGGUGGGCUUUGCAAAGCAUGACUUAUAUAACCAGAUUAUUGGUGGUGUUGUCGUCGAGGCCAGCAUUUCUGAUAAUGUAAUGCAUUUUAUACAACACACCGUCGGCUUUAGUAAAUCAAACAUCGGCUCAGCGCUGGUCAACGCCAGCGGACAAGUGGUUGGCAUUAAUCUUAUUAAACAGGAUAAGACAAACUCAUUUGCUCUCAGAAUUGACGACAAUUCACUUAAGAUGAGAACUGUGAGCUCAGAGGGAACCGGAAUAAUAGUGAACUCUUCGGGACUAAUUGUGACCAAUAGUCAUGUAGUGAAAGGUUUAUCACACGUUAACAUAACAUUCUUCCGAUCAUACGAUGCGAAAGACCUCUUUUGGGUCAACACUUACGGAAAAGAUGAUAAAAUUCAAACUAUAAGAGGAGAUGUAGUGUACGUUUGGCCAGAUAUUGACUUAGCGUUGAUCAGGAUAUACGUCGAGAGCGGAGUAUUACCGGCGUUAGACUUAUCGGCAUCGGAGCCAACGAUUGGUCAACCGGUGAUCUCUGUGGGACAUCCGGGAGGGACGACGGGUUGGCUCGUGAGUCUGGGAAUAAUCACCGGUUAUUAUCAGUGGUACACAAACUGUAUGGGAGUCUCAAUGUAUACACAUUUAACGCAUUCACCCGAAAAUCGAUAUGUCGUUCACUCGGCGCCCAAUUUUAGUGGGUUUUCCGGCGGACCUGUUGUCGACUCCGCGGGUCAUGUCGUGGCCGUUCACUUCGGUGAGAAUCAACACUUCCGGUCCUCCACUUCAGCAGCCGAUGUUAAGAAACCGUUUACUGAUAAUUGGUUCGCACCGUUUGUGACAAUUAGACCAUUGUUUCAUAAGGCAGACAACACUCCGCUAUAUCCGGGCGCCAACUGGUGUCAGGGAUUUAUCAUUAAUUCGCGCGGAUUUGUUAUAACAACUUCUAAAAAUAUCCAAAAGUUUCGGGAAGUGUUCAUCCAAUUGGGCAACAAAAGAGUAGCGGAGGGUUGGGUUUUGGACAUAAACUCAAAAAUUGUAGUAAUUAAAAUAAAGGGCGACUAUAAUGACUGGCCAUGUGUUACAAUCGGCGAUCCAAAUACACUAGAAGUAGACGACAAGGUGUUUGCGGUGGGCUUUGGAAAGCAGGACUUAUAUAAUCAAAUUACUGGUGGUGUUGUCUCCGCGACCAGAGUUGAUUAUGCACCAUUUAGUUGUAUUCAACACACCAUCGGUUUUGGCGAAUCAAACAUCGGCUCAGCGCUGGUCAACGCCAGCGGACAAGUGGUUGGCAUUAACCUUAUUAAAGAUGAAGAAGGGGUCUAUUUGGCCGUCAGAAUUAAUCCCAAAGCAGUUAGAGUUAAAGCUCUAGUAAACGAAACGGACAAAUAUUUGAAAGAAAAUAUUGACGAUAAAAACAGAUCACUCGGACUUAUAGUCAAAUGGUUUGAAGAAAAUUCGAGGGAAGAGUUGAAAAGUCAUCCCAAUUAUAAAGAUAUGAAACUCCCAAAGGAUGGCAAUGGUCUCAUCAUUUGGUGGAUGAGUGAAGAAUUUAAGAAAUAUUACGUCAAACCAUUGGCACAAUUAACGCCACAUUUUGUCAUAAGAAGAGCUCAAUUAAGUAAUAAUUUGCAACAAUUGUACGAUAAAUGCAAAGAAUCAGUGGUUCUGAUCAAUGAGCCCAGAGCUAAGGGCAGUGCCACCGGAAUUAUAGUGAACUCUUCGGGUCUAAUCGUGACCAACGGUCAUGUGGUCACAGGUUUAUCACACCUUAUGAUAACAUUCUUCAGACCAUACGAUAUGAACAAACUCUUACGGUACCGACUAUCGUACAAUACCGACCAUCAAACAAUUCAAACCGUGAUGGGAGAGGUAGUGUACAUUUGGCCAGAUAUUGACUUAGCGUUGAUCAGGAUAUACGUCGAGAGCGGAGUAUUACCGGCGUUAGACUUAUCCGCAUCGGAGCCAACGACUGGCCAAUCCAUUAUGUCUAUUGGAAAUCCAGACACGAAGAGUUGGCUUUUAAAUGUGGGAAUGAUUGCCGGUUACUAUAAGGCUAACAUCAAUUCUAAUAUGGCAACCUAUGGAUACAAUCAUUUAUCGCCUUCAGCACAACACCGGUAUGUCAUUCACUCGGCGCCCAAUUUUGGAGGAUUUUUCGGCGGACCAGUUGUCGACUCUAACGGUCAUCUCAUGGCUGUUCAUCAUUCAUCGAAUAUACUCAUUGGCAUCCGUUGCGGCACUUCUGCUUCAGAUAUAAAGGGUGUGGUGUAA